GCGGUUUUGAAGCCGGACUACCUCAAGUCUCUUUCCUCACUUCUUUCUCUUCACUUAAAACAAUUUUUUUUGGAGGGGUUUUGGGGAGGAAGUGAGCGGACGCUGGGGAUGGGUCUCGUAAGCGGCCGGAUUGAGAGGAAGGAGGAAGCAGGGGGCUUCCGAGUGGGUGACCCAGACGCGGGCUGUGGGGUGGGGCAGUUCGUGGGGUCCGGUCCUGGAAAGGCGUCGACUGCCCCCCAACUCUUCUGGUUUCCUCUACUAUGAGCGGAAGGUUUGAAUCCUGGAGGUGGGGUCUCCGGUGUGGAGUUCUGGAAACUGUGAGGUGAUUUGCAGGUGUGUUGGUUUGUUUGGGGUGUGUUAGUGUGUUUAAACUGUGUGACGUGUACUUGUGUGCUCUGCUCGUCUUGGAGCGGUGUCUGUAGAUGGGAAGUUAGACAGCGCGAGUCCUCGCUCGCUCUGGGCCUGGGCUGAGGGGCGGGCGUGAGGUCCUGGUGCUGGGCGUUUGGGCUGGCGACGUGGUGCGAGGCAGCCGGGCUCAACAACUCGCUUGUGUCCCGUCGCCCGCUCACACUCUGCCACUCGCCUCCGCCCCCUCCCCUGGACGAAUCUCCACCCCAAACUCCAGCCACGAGAACUGUAGAGAUGGUGUGAUGUGGAGAUGGAUUUUUUGCAUCCUCAAGUCGGUAGAUAGGUGGGAAAGGAAAAGUGUUUCUUAAUAUUUUAUUCCGGAACCGUGUUUUGGUUACACUAUUGGGGCUACUUUGAAAGGCGUCCUCCACCCACCUUCACCCCGAAACAGUAGGUAGAGGUAUCUUGUCUUCGUGUGAAUUAGAUGAAUAAUUGCUGAAGAUUCGGGGGGCCUGGGGUGGGGGUCGGGAGUGCUGGAUUGUGUACGCGUCUGUGUGUGUCUACUAAGGAGACGGAAUGUCUGUUGUGUAUCUGGAGAUAGGGCGACUUAUUUUCGUAGCAGGAGGAACUGUUGGAAAUUAUUUGCGGGAGAGGGGGUGCGCCGAAAGGCGCUGCUUGUAUUUUUCUUCUACUCCACCCUGUUCUGUCUUGCCUUUGCCUGAAAGCUGGUGGAAUGGAACAGUGAAGAAGCAUUGGAAUGGUAGAUAACGCAGAUCAUCUCUGGAAAGGAUAUUGAUCCGCCUCAUGUAAAGUAUGCUCAGUUCCUUUCCAGUGGUUUUGCUGGAAACCAUGUCUCAUUAUACAGAUGAACCCAGAUUUACCAUAGAGCAGAUAGAUCUGCUUCAGCGACUUCGGCGUACUGGAAUGACUAAACAUGAAAUUCUCCAUGCCUUGGAAACUUUGGACCGUCUUGAUCAAGAGCAUAGUGACAAGUUUGGAAGAAGGUCCAGCUAUGGAGGAAGUUCAUAUGGGAAUAGUACUAACAAUGUCCCAGCAUCUUCCUCUACAGCUACAGCUUCCACACAGACGCAGCAUUCGGGAAUGUCCCCGUCACCUAGCAACAGUUAUGAUACUUCCCCACAGCCUUGCACUACCAAUCAAAAUGGGAGGGAGAAUAAUGAGCGAUUAUCUACAUCCAAUGGAAAGAUGUCACCAACUCGCUACCAUGCAAACAGCAUGGGUCAGAGGUCAUACAGUUUUGAAGCCUCAGAAGAGGACCUAGAUGUAGAUGAUAAAGUGGAAGAAUUAAUGAGGAGGGACAGCAGUGUGAUAAAAGAGGAAAUCAAAGCCUUUCUUGCCAAUCGGAGGAUUUCCCAAGCAGUUGUUGCACAGGUAACAGGUAUCAGUCAGAGCCGGAUCUCUCAUUGGCUGUUGCAGCAGGGAUCAGACCUGAGUGAACAGAAGAAAAGAGCAUUUUACCGAUGGUAUCAACUUGAGAAGACAAACCCUGGCGCUACACUAAGUAUGAGACCAGCCCCCAUUCCAAUAGAGGACCCUGAAUGGAGACAAACGCCUCCCCCAGUCUCUGCCACAUCUGGUACUUUCCGACUGCGACGAGGGAGUCGAUUUACCUGGAGAAAGGAGUGCCUGGCUGUUAUGGAAAGUUACUUCAAUGAGAAUCAAUACCCAGAUGAAGCAAAGAGGGAAGAAAUUGCAAACGCUUGCAAUGCAGUUAUACAGAAGCCAGGCAAAAAGCUGUCAGAUCUGGAAAGAGUUACUUCCCUGAAAGUAUAUAAUUGGUUUGCUAAUAGAAGGAAGGAGAUCAAGAGGAGAGCCAAUAUUGCAAUCCUGGAGAGUCAUGGGAUAGAUGUGCAGAGUCCAGGAGGCCACUCAAACAGUGAUGAUGUCGACGGGAAUGACUACUCUGAGCAGGAUGACAGUACGAGCCAUAGUGACCACCAAGACCCCAUCUCAUUAGCUGUGGAAAUGGCAGCAGUCAACCACACUAUCUUGGCAUUGGCCCGACAAGGAGCCAACGAAAUCAAGACAGAGGCCCUGGAUGAUGACUGAUCAGGGAGGUUAAACAUGACAAGUUAACUUAGUUUAGACGUAGCACCUUAGCAGACUUUCCUCGGUCCUUAACAUGUGUUCUUACAGUAUAACUUGCAGUUUCUUGUAUGUCAGGUAGCCAUUAGGGUCUUGUUCUGUGAAGAUGGCAUGGUGCCCUCAGCCUUUGCAUAUACUCUCUCAGUAUUAAUUCCCAGUAAAUAAUAACCAACCAACCAACCAACCAACCAAACUUCCCUCUCCCAGCCCCCGAGGCUAGAAAAUCUUGCUGCUCCGUCUUAGCAUUCCAAGAAAGUGCUUCCAGGUAUUUAGAUAGCCCUCAGUUCUCAAAUAUUAGACUACGUGUAAAAUCUUGGGUACCUUUAGAUUCUUGUGACACUAGUCUGUACCCCCUUUUCCUUCCCCAAGACUGAUAGGAUGCAAGCUGAGGUCGUGGCACAGGAAUGACAGACACCAUUUGGGGAGUAUCCACAGAGUCAAAGGAACACUAGAAUCCCCACCUCAGCGUGAGGAUAAUUGAUUUCCAGCUGCAAUAAGCCGUGCCUCAUUAUAGCCACACUGUGGCUAGAUUAUACUUCUUUGGGUGCUGUGCUAAGAAUGUCAAUGGAAAAAGCCGAUCUCAGAUUUUGUUUGAAGUUAACAUGCCUGACACAGACAUCCUUUCCUCUCACAAGCUGUGUGACUUAGUAGAUAAAAUACUGCCUUCUGCCUUUGGGACCAUGAUUAAAAACAAAGACAAAAACCAAAAGUCAUUAAAAAAAAAAAAAACCCAGCUUGAGAGCAUUGGAAAAAAAAAUAUGAGCUGAAUGUCUAAUGGAUGCUAAGUCCAGUUUUCAGAACCACUGUACAUUCCACGGCACAGUUAGUGCCUGCCUGGAAAAGUUUUGGAGGUCAUCGUGGAAGUUGCUUUGCCUCCUGUCAGUGUCCCCUUUCCCUGCUACCAAAAAAGUCUUUCAAGGAUGGAGCUAAGGUCAAAAAUGAGUGAAAAAACUUGCAGUGUUUGUAUCCAUUAAACGGAAGCCCCCUCACUCUUGAGAGGUCACUAGAGGACUUCAUAGUGGGGUUGUGCUGCCUAUCACAGAUGCAGACACUUGCCCAGAUAGGAGCAGAGAAAAGCAGGGGACGUUUCCUACUCACAUUGUGGCUGUAUGAGAACAUGAUGGGACUGCUUUGCUGUUCUCUUUACUCUGUCCUUGGAGAGGUGUGAAAAGCUGUAUUGCUACAGGCAAUUUAUUUAAUAAUUGGAAGCCAUAUUGAUAAUGGAUGUGGUAAUAUUUGUAAAGUUUAAUCUACUUUAAGCGGCAGUAACUAAUGGAAUUUUUUUCCUUGAUCACAUAUGUAGCACUUUUGUUACUUUUUAAAGAUAUUUAUAUUUGAUAAAUCUUUUUUUCAUUUUGAGAACUCAAAAUACCAAACAGUGAACUUGCAUUCUAAAGUCACCCUGUGAUCACCUUGUCAUCUAGUAGCAAAAUGAUGAACUGUUCAUGCAUCAAAGAAAAUUACAUCUGCUGGCCUUGUAUGAAAAUGAUCUCUUGGCAUCCCGAUUAAAUGACACACUGUCACUGUGGGUAAGAGGAAAGAGCCUUCAAUGUAGCAGCACAGGGUGCGCCUGAAAGAGGCACAACUGCUGUGGAUUUUCUGCCUCGCUCCAUCUCUCCUAUGUAUAAUGAAGCCUUGUUUAAAGGGGCAUGUGGGGCUGGAUGUUAAGCACGGCUUCUUUUUGUCCAUUACCUGAAAACAAUUUCUAAGAUAAAAGGAAGGUGCCAUUUCCUUACCUCUUCACCCAUCCUCCUCCACCAAAUGUAUUCAACUUAAAACUAUGAGAGAGAGAGACUGAAUGACCUUCCUCAGUUUUCCCUUUCUCAUUCAGGAGAUACUGAAUAUCCGCCAGUUUGUAGUUGGUUUCCUUCCACUUAAGGCACACGCUGACUGCAUCAUUUCCUUAUCUGUUAAUCCUGCUUAUGUGAGUGUGAGGAAAGUCUUUGAGAGGGCAUGAAAGUGCCACCUUAUAUAUGUCUGUGACUUUAAAGAGCUAUAUGCAGGGCCUGGUCCCACUUUUGUCCAUGGAUUUCAGGGGGAAAAAAUAUAUAUACUUUUUUCAGCUUCCAAGCAUUGAAGUGAAGUGGAGCCGUCUCUUCUGUUUUACUGUAUUACUUGAACCAACAAAUUCAAGAGUAGCAUUUGUUAUUCUCAGGAAUGAGCCUCCCACCACCCCCCCCCCACCGACUCAUAUUCUUUCUUGGUUUAUCUUUUUAUUUCAAUUAGGAGAUUACAUUCUCUUCCUUUCCUUUUAUUUUGCUUAGAGGAAAUGUAACAUAGUCCCAUUUUUGUGGAAUUUUGACUGCUUAUUCUCAAUUGAAUCAGAAAGUACAAGGAGACAGAAAAAAUCCGCUCUGACAAGCCACAUCCAUGAUUGAUUGUAAGGAGAUUAUUAUAAUUGAUAGCUUCUUUAUCAUGGGAUUGCUAGUAUCAUUUGUACUUGCUGGUCUUUUUAAAGGAACAGACUCAAACUGUUAAGACAGCUGCAGUUUCUAAAGAAAUACAAAGAUUGCCGUGGAUGCACUCAAAGGUUUCAUUGUUUUAACACCUUUAAGGGAGAAAAAAAGCUUCAGAGAAUAAAGGCAAGUUUGCAUCCAUGAAGGGCAGUACCCGACCCUAUAUGGCAAUGUGGUAAAACUGAAAGAAUAUUUCUACCACUGCAGGAGAAUGUCCUGGAGAGCUCAGUGGGAACAGGAGGAAGGCAUCUUCCACCCACAGUUGUUCUUGUCAUUGGAGAAGACCGCUGGCUGCUCUGAAGACCCACUGCCUUACAUGUCACUUUUGCUUUUUCACCAAGAGUGAGAAUUUACUUCCUUUGGGCCUAGAUUUAAACCUGUUAGUUUUCUGUUUGUCACCAAGUUCAAUUCUGCCAUUUUGUCCAGGCCACCUUGGUUCUUGUAAUGGUGUGUGGCGCUGCUACUGUUAUAUUUCUAGUGUCUUUAGGUAGUAUAUUUCUCUCUUAAGCUUUUUCAGGUUUUAGAGGUGGAAUUAAAAUAGAAACCCUAAACUUCCUUAUUACUGAAGGGAAAGCAGCCAGGCUCUAAAAACUCACACUGUAUGCUUCUUGGUUGUUCCGCCCCUCCCGUCGUACUUCACUCUCUCCUUCAGGCCCCAGGGGACUCCCGCAGGGGCUGUUCCUUCCUGUCGAGGAGGGCUUUCAAAGGUCUUUUGAAGUGGGGUGUGGGGGAACUUGCCAACAGGUAUUCAUAUAAUUUGUUAUUUCUUUAAAAACACCUUAAUUGAAUUACUAUGGUCAGAUGGGUAAACUUUCCAAACUUUAAAAACACUGACACAGGGACCUUUUAAAAUGGGUCAUCUUGAUGAGAUCUCUGCCCAUCUGUUGAUAACCCUAACAGUGGAUGAAGGCUGGGGAGGGCAACACCCUGCAUUCUUAUCUGAGUCCUUCAGUGCUAUUCAGUUCCAAAUGUUUUGAUUUGUUUCAACAAAGUCUGUAAUGUUGGAGUGCCCUUACAGCAAUUUUCUUCACAAUCAAAAUCACAAUCCUUUAAGUGGUUAAUAAAUGUAGUUGCCUUCCACUCACUUAUGACUCUGGACAGUCCCCACCCCUGUCACUCACAAGGGCAGUCUUCCCACCCCACCCCCAUAUUCACAUUCCCAUGGCCCAUCACAGGAAGAAGGAACCUGGGGCAGAGAGGAGGAAAAUCAUUAAGGCAGAGGUGUACACAUCCAGUUCUCUAGUUCUUGGUAGAUUUAUGGUAGCAGCCAGUUCAGUGGUCACCACCACCUAUGUUAGGUCCAUGUAUCCAGAUAUAUUUUACCUCAAAGGAGAUGACUGAAGAAUUCACCAAUAUAGUUAUUUCCUUUCUGCCUGUUUAACAUUUGUCUUUAAGAAAUAUUGGCUUUAGAAACUUCUCCCUUGGAUAUCAACCUUCAGGCACCAAGUACAAACAGACUCAUUGAAUCAAGAGUCUCCAGCCUCAUCCUGUGAAUAGCUCCUCUUCUGUUUCCCUCUGACUAGGCCUUCAGCUGACUUCUUUGCUGGAAUUUUCUAAUCUUGUGACAGCAGGGAAAAGCUGGAUGUGGUCCAUCUCUUAACACAAACAGUCCUCCCUGUCUUGACCAGCUACGUAUUCCACUGACCAGCCUCAUCAUCUCUGCCCUCAACAGUGGAAAUGAUCCCUUUCCCACAGAUGUUCUCCCUCCCUCCUUCCCUUCCCCUUCCUACAAAUGUGAACUCUUAAGUCUUUACUCUCUGGUCUUCAGAAGGGUUUGGUUACAAGCAGUCUUCCCAUUUAAUUUGUGGCUCUGCCUUUUAAAAUUGUUUUUUGUCUUUUGUUGUUCAGAGAACGACCAGAGUAUUUUCUCCCCAGUGUGUCCCAACAGAUUCUUAGGCAAUAAUUUUUCUUGUUGAUGAUCCCGUGCUCAGUAGCACACUACAUUGAAGAACCCUGGCCCUCACCAUUGUGUGUUGGUUUCUGUGUUAAUCUCUGUGAUCUGAAUCAUGUCAGCGUGAUGAUAGAUUUUGUCAUUUUGUUGUGAUUAUUAGUAAUGUUUUACUACUGUAUUCAUUGGGGCUGCGUUGAGACCAGCCAAAUCCAUUUAUAGCUUUACUGAGCCGGAUUGAUUUGUCAGGAUUUCCCAAGUGAAAGUUGGGCAUAUUGCCCAGCUCCUGCUGGUGGUAUCUUUGGGGAGUGUGGGAUGGGGUGGGGGAAUGUCCUGGGGCAGGGGUGGGAAUGACACAUAUAAGGCAUUCCAUUUUUUUUUUUUUUUUUUUUUUUGCUUGUGCUCAUUAAAUAGCAAGGGUGUUUGCUCAGGAUUUGGGGAUCAGUUGUCAGCCAUGUUGAAUUUGGCAAACUGAGCUGUGUGCCCUGAAAGCCCUCUUUUUUUUUUCUUCAUUUCCAUAUUGUCCGACUUACUUCACCUAGGAAUACCUGAGUUAUCCAGUCCAGUGUUCCCUGAUGAGAGUGGAAGAUUUUCCUGGAGAGGCAGCUGUGCAUGGCCAGGUCAUCUGUCAGGAUGUUGUAGUGGUGUGCGAUCAGAGCAGAGGGCCUUUCUUUUCCUGUACUGUGCUCUACUUCCUUAUGCAUGCUUGGUUUCAAAGAUGACCGCCACUUUAAAAGAAAGAUUUCCUCACAGCUCUCCAGAGAACUAUCAUACUAAGGUGAUAGGAAAGGCUUCUCGGAUACAAGCCAACAAGUCAGUUUUCUGAUUACAGAAACUCCUCUCACAGGUUAUGUUUGGAAAGGCUGUUCUCCAUUCCACUUAUAAAUUGAAAGUGAUAAGCUACUGUCUUGUGAUCUUGCAGGGCUAGUGGUUGACUCACUCAUCUCUGAAAGGUAACUUUGUUCAUAUCUAUGUAUUUUCAAACCUGGAAGCUUGUAAAUUGGAAGUUUCAGUAUUAGCUUUAUUAUUCUUUCUUGGUGAGGAAUAGAAAUGGCAGCAAAAAGAAAGCCAACAAUCUGAAAACUCCAGUCUCCUCUAACACUGGCUUUGUUUUAAAUCAAGAGGGGAAGAGAUACAUGAGGGGAGGGAGGGAAGAUAUGCCGGCUGCCCUUUCUUAUCUCAGUGACGUAGAUGCCUCGGGAUUAUAAGCACGCGGAUCACUGAACCUCUUUUUUGUCAUUCUUCCUAUGACAUUUGUGGCAGAACUUUUUAGUUGAUUCUGUUCACAUGAAAUGUGACAAGCAUUUUUACACCAUGAGACAGUUUACUACCCACAUGCCACACCCAUUGUCUGUCUCAUCAGCCAGCCCCGUAACUGCACCCAGAGGGGUGCAGCUGCAGGGGAGCCGUGCCUUUCUCCUCUCCUGACACUCCUUUCACGUGGCAGGUUUGCAGGUUGGUUGGCCCUGGUCUGGACAGCUGUAUCUGUGCCUGCUCGGCUGCCCUCCAGUUGGUCGGUGUGGCUGGCGUGGGCAUGUACCCCCCGACUCGCACUUGAGAAGUCUUGGGAUGCCGGCUCCCUCGACUCUAUUUUCAUUUUAAGUAAGAGUGGCUCUGUAUAGCCAUAAUUAACUCUCAAAUUCACAUUGGUGUGCUGUGAUCAAAUGAAGGUUGGACUGAAUCUUUUCAAAUUGUAACCAUGGUAAUUGAGGGGGGUGGCAUAGAAUGAAUAUAUAAAAAUAUAAUGGCAAUUGUUCUGAAUGACUGAGUGUCCUCCUGACAUGUAAUUAGCUGUUUUAGCAGGAUGUAGAUUGGCAUGGUCAUAAUUAAAAGAAUUUCUGUCUUUUAUGUGAUUGGAAAUGGCAGCGCUCCCAUCCCCUGUUCCCUCUUAGCACUAAUGCUCCCAAGAACAUUUGGAACAGCAGCUCCGUAAACUAAAAUAAUGACAUGGUGCUCGUGUUCUCCCCGAAGUGAAACAGCAGAAUUUGGAGUUGUUUCAGCUUCAAAAUGGAAGCCUUUGAUUAUUGUUCCCCAUUUGACUUCUAAGUUCUUUGAAACUUCACUCAACAUCCAGUUCCAACUUGCUCCACCUCUGGCAGAAACCACAGUCAGGACCCCAGAAGGAGCCCCUCUGACCGGCCCCCACUGCAUUCCAGCCCAUGGUCUGGCCAGCUCCGGGCCCUUGCUUGCCUAACUCGAGGACGUUGCUGCUUGCUGGGCUCUCUGGGAUCUUCACAUUUCCCUUGGUUGCUUGAUAUUUCCAUUGCCGUCACUAUCAGAAAGCAUUUCCCAAUCAGAAGUUUACAGAAAAUUGAAUCGAGGUUUCCUCAUUGAAUCCUAAGACUCAAAGCAGACAACAUGACAGGACACACAUAACUAACACAGGCUUUAAACAGGUGGAGGCGUGAAUGGAGUACUGUUCACGACAUUCUAAAGCUACUGGAGCACGGGACAUGUGUCUGUACGCUCCUCUCACACCCCUUACUCGGCAGCUGCCCCACUCCCGCCGUUGCCGUUGCCGUUGCCGAGUCUUCCCCACUGUUCUGCUGUGCCAGUGUGAGCAUCUCCCCGGCACUCAAGUCCAUGUUCUCUCCCUCCCGCUCUUCCUCCUGUCUCUUCAUCCUGUGUCUUCCAUGCGCCCUGUCGCACGGGACAUCAUGUGGUCUUGAUGCCGUACACAGUCCCUGACCGUGGCCCCCUACUCUUCUCCAGAAGUGUCACACUAGACAGGAGGUGCUGAGUCACCAACUCACCUUUCCCUAGAAUGUGGGUUUGUUUUUUCUCCCCCAUCACUUGCAGAGGUCUUUAUUCAAUUAUAUGAUCAAGAAUGAGUCUACAAGAAUACCAGCACCAGACAUAGUGCCAAAUGGCCUUUUGUAAGCUGUUUCGUGCCCUUGAGGCUUGCACUUGUGCUGGGUGAGCCUGGGACCGUUAGCCUUUUCUCUUCUAGGUCUGGACACUCCGGGGUUGGUUAGGCUAGCCACUGGGGAGAAUACAGCUCUGGCCUUUUUUCAUAUUUUGCUGCUUCUCUUUGUACAGAUCUUUCCCCCUCCACAUACCAAAAGGAAUCCUAACCUAGUUGAAAUGCUAGUUGCAAUUCAGUUUCAUGAGAAUGCUGAAGUAGGCUGCUGAUUUAAAAUUUUCCUCUUCCCUGAAAAUACACACACCUAGAGAAUUUAGGGAAAGGCUCUUAGGGCUUGGGAAUCUUAUCUUUUCAUUCCCCACAAAAUACCUACAAAGAAAUGUCUAGUAUUCCCUCAGUAUUCCUCCUCGUAUAGGCUCUGAAAGCAACCUCAUUCCCACCCAGCCCUUGCACACCGGCAUUCAAGAUCCAUGCAUGCAGUUGUUGAAACUGUUUUCUUUGGGAUCCUAUCUUUAUGACAACUGGAAUGAUUAUAGAUUUAUGACCUCAAAGAGUAGAGCAUUCCUUUUCCUAUUUUCCCAGCUGCUAAAAUAUGACUGUCUCCAUUAGAAUUUAGAAUCUGUCUUAAGCUUAGAGAUGGUAAGAGCUGACUGGAUGAGUCUAAUUCUAUGAUUUGUGAGACAUGCAUUAAAACCAUCAGCAGAACAUUCUGAUGAUCCACCUACACUCAAAGAAAACACAAUUAACACCACAGUUAAAACCUUCCAAUGGAGCCCCUGUCUUAGGGACCAAGGUAUUAGAGGUGCUGCUUCAGGGAUGGUGCUACUUCAAAAGAACUGAAGUUGGAGAGACACCUCCCUUCCCAAAUGCUUCUGCAGGCCACUCUGGUGAUUCAGAACACCCCAACCAUAUAUUCCUUUACCAGCAGCGCCCACCCUUUUCCGUAACUCAGCUUACCAAAAUCAGUGAGAAUUGAGACAGUGCUUACCCAUGAAAUAUGUGGUUUUUGAACAAAAACCCCAGAAGUUAGUUAUUCUUAUAGGAAACUAAAGAUGCCACCAUUGUAAAUCAUAAUACUACAGAGACAAAUGCACAGGUCUCCCGAGCACCUCAAAGUCAAUACAGCCCAUGUUUUCUGAGCACGUACUGUGUGCUGGGCACCGCGCUGGACAUGUGUGCUGCCUCAUGACCCGACACCAAGCAAGUCACCUUGCCCUUGGCAAGGCAAGUCUCCCCUCAUUUCUUUCAUUUCAGUAGGACAUUCAUCUUCAAAGAACAGACCACAUAGGAUGGUCUGCCCUCUCUGAACACUCACCUGGUUUGCUUUCUCACGCAGCAGUGCCAGGUAGCCUCCCAGGCGCACUGUGGCAUCGCCCCCGCCUCUGUGAGCUGAACUCCCUCCGUGAGGGUCUGGACGCGAGGGCCCCUCCAGAGUCUUCCUCCUUGGUCAGUGAUGAGGACAGGAGUGCAGGGAGGUGCUGCAGUGGUUGACAGGGUGGGAAGCCUGUGUGGCCGAGGGGAACUUGAACUCCGGCACCCCUUGCCUGCAGUUAGCCAAGGCAGAGACCAGGAAACCCUCUUGCGCUUCCCAUCUUCUCUCUCCAGCUCUUGUAGCGCUACCCUGGCCGUUCCUUUGGGGCUCCUGCUGUGUUCAGGAGCAUCUUGCUCGGCUAGCCCCUCCUCCUCUCUAGAAACCAGGGGUCAGGGGUUCUGGAAUUAGAUCAGUGUCUGCUCUGCCUCAGGCCUCCCUGCCUCCUCAUGGGCCCUGACUGCGAAGAAAUAACCGUUGCUGGAGACAUAUCUUGAUUUGGGGUCAGCGUAAGAACUUUCUAGAACCCAGAAUCCAGCCAAGGCAUGAGCUCCUUUGAGGUAGAGGUCUGGUUCCUGUCCUGCCACAUUUCACGUGGAACUGUGGUGACUGUUGUCAGGGACAUUGAACAAGGGACAUGGGUACCAAGCUGACUUGAGGACUCAGCUAACUAAAGUUCCCCAUUUCUUCCCUCCUUCCCUUGUCUACCUCUUUUCCAUCAAACAUAAGUGGUCCUCUAGGGGUUGGCUCUCUCAUGGUCUUUCUCUUCUGAUCUGCUCUGCCCCGUCGUGGGCAUCUUGGAACCACCUCAGAAGCAAGGCCACAGCUGUGGACUGGUCCUCGUGAGAGUCUCCCUGGAUCCUCUGUACCUGUAAUAGGUACACAGUUAGGUUAUUAUCCAACCUCCAAUCCCCAAAAAGCCUCCUUAAUUUGAAAGAGAAAAGGUAUAUGUGCCUUGCAUUUUGUUAUCGGUCCAGAUUUUGCAUCUGGUGGUGGCUGGGGUGCCAUUGGGAUUUUGGAAUGGGAGCAGUUUGAUUCCUCCCUCGGAAGGAACUCAUGGCUCUCACAAACCAGUGUCUGUGGCAGUGACAAGUCACAGAAUUUGUGUUUCAAGGCUUAUUCCUUCUUCCCUUUAAGACUUUUUCAACUUCCUGUCACUUCGGGCCGAGUCUCAAUUUCAGUCAUGUUUUGUGGCUUCCUUUGAGCACAGAAACCUCUCCUUUUCUUCCGUUACUGGAACUAAGAUCCCAGCAUAAACUCGUGAGAGUCAUUUUUCCACGUCAUCAUUCGUUGGAGCUAUUAAGCCCAAACACAGAAUGACAUUAGUGUUAUACUAAUGUAAGCAGCAGCCACUCUGGUGAUGUUCCAUUGAACUCUUUUGUUCUUAAACCAGAUUCACGGUGGGCAGGCACAGAGUUAGAAGAGUGGGCUGCAGGAAGACACGCGCUCAGCGGUGGCUGCUUUCAAGCAGCAUUGUUUUUUGCCUUGAAAACCACAUUUCAUUAUGUUAGAAUCGGUGAUCCCCUUAAUACUGCAUCUCUGAAAAUGGGCACCAUGAAACCAAAACCAAAGUUCUGGAUGUGGGGGAGUGGAGCUUUUCUUUCGAAGCACUGGGAGCUUGGGCAGGGCGUCCCGACUGCCCCUCAGUUUUGCCGGAGCACUCGGAAGGGCCUCCUCUUUUCCUAGUAGUUGCCUCAUGUUGACUCUAGAAAGCAAGUGUGUGCAGCCUGUGCCUCCCCGACCCAUGGUAGGCGUCUAGAUCAGGCCCUAGGAGCCUCCCCACCCCUGCCUCUUCUAGCCACUUCCCGGGGGGGCUGUAGAGCACAGUCACGGGAAGGCCUCUGCUGGGCCGAGUCUGCGGCCCCUGAGCCAUCACAGCACUGGCGUCUUCAGACACACCCUGGCUGCAAGGCAGGACACUCCCCCUGCCGAGACACCAUGUGCGUCAUCAUUGCCUCCCCUGGAAGAGCCCACAGCCUUCUAUGACCUCCCCCCGGGCUCGCCCUGCCUUCCACGGCCAUGGUCACGUUGGGUAUGCAGUACCUUUCAAGGAUAAAUUUUUGUUUAUGUUUUUUAAGUGCCUAAGCAAGAUACAGACCUCUGGAACCUGCCAGAGUCGGCCUAUGCCCUGUCCCCAUCCCUCCCCACCCUGCACUGGCCCUUGAGGGUGGGCACAGGGCGGCUGCCCCUCUCCAGUGUCCCUGGCGUUCUGCAGGCAGAACAAGGCAGGGACAAGCUAGCGGGAGAGAUCGCUUCACAGCCACAUCAGGCUGGCUUUGUCACUGUUUUCCAGCGUUUUCUUUAGGGCCGUUUCUGUUUGUUUAUGUGGUUUGGUCUUGGUUCAUAGAGAAUUUAAGAGUCUGCUUAGGGAAAUUUCAGUAGCCACUAAGAAGACAGGAGAGCAAGACAGCCUCAGAGCAGCAUUCCGGCUCUGGCUUUGGUAGGAGUAGGAAAUGUGUCCACAUCCAAGAGGGCGAAGCGUCGAAUCAUCCUAGGUCAUGAGCCUGCUGACUCACCUGCCAGCGUGAGCCACCGAAGCCCCAGCUGCGUUUCCGAGCCCUCUCUGCCUAGACUAGAGGGAUCAGGGUGUCUGCUCAGGAGAGCUUGGGAAAGCCAGCAGUCAGGCGUUCAGAUCCAAAGUGUGUCUUUGGAAAUGAGUGUGAGUGUAUUUGUUUCUUUUUUAAAAAAUAAGUCUGACCUAAAUACGGGGCCUUUAUUCUGUGAUGGGUAUACGACAGAUUAUUUUGUGACUGCACUCUGUUCAAAUCACAUCACUAAGCAGCGCUGAGAUGAUUUUGUUGGUGCAUUAAAAGGUUUUGCAACAUGGAACAAUCCAUACCCAGGCACUUUAUUUUCAUUAAUAAUCCAGCAUUUUUGUUCAGACAAUGUAAUAACCCAAACACUGGGUAUUCAUAUUUGACACAUGGGCAAACUUGCCAGUGGAAUGGAAUUGUGACCUGAUAGAGAAGGGAAGGCAGGCUGACGAAGGUGAUCGAAUGGGAGAACAGUGCUGUGGUGAUCAUGAGAAUGAGGCUUUUCUGUAGCAUGUAAACCAAACCGGACCCUUGGCAGUUCGUCGUCCCUCAGUUCUCCAGAUGCUAUUUUUUGCAGGUUCUACCAAGUGCUUGUUGAUUACCCUAGUUGUAAUUAUCUAGGGAAGAGAUGAAUGUAAGUGAGAGUGCAGAGCACUGGGGAGGGUAACAGUGAAAUGCAAUUAGAGGCAGCAAGAGAGUCCUAGUCUGUUCUCACAUAACCGGACUUGAACGCUCCAGUGCGAGCAGAGUGCUGGGGGUGGAUUCCACUGCUGAACCACGGCAGCUUUGCUUUACUCUUCAGCAUGGGGGUGGUAACUAGCUGCACAGCAAGUUAUGAAAUGGAAAGCAAGCUUAACAGCUGUAAUCUCAUCGGAUACCCUGGAGCAGAUGCCUUGGGAUUGCCUGAAGUGUUUAGCGUCCACCAAAUAGUUGAGUUUCUAAGAUGGGCCAUGUGGGAUCCCUGCCACACGGGUGUGGGGGCAGCGCGCUCCUCCCUGCCUCGGCUGCUGUGUGUCUUAGUCUUCGUGUUUCCCCUUGGCGUCUCCUCUGGUCCCUGUCCAUCUUGUGCACCAUGUGUCCCUGAGGGCGAGUCACACCUGUGUCUUGAGUCUGCUGUAAGGUGUUCAGUCUACCUCAAGGGGUCAUCAUGGUAAGCUCUAUCCCACGGCAUCCUCCGUCCAUCACCACACACACUGGAAUGUAUCCCCGCCGCCCUGCCCCUUCGAUAACCUCCUGACCCUGUCUUUCCUAUAAUCACCACAAACUCCUAGUGCAAAUUGGAUGCUGCUUUAAAUGUGAAAACAAUUGUUCAAAAGCUAUAAAACCUGAAUGAAAGCUGAAGCUGAAUUUAUAAGCCUUGUUGCAUAUGAGCCAAAAGUGCAAAAAGCUCUAUAUAAUGAACUAACCUGCCACUCGUAUAAAUAUAAAUAUAUAUAAAUAUAUUAAAAUCAGACUGUUCUACAAAAUUGUGUAUUUGUAUUUUUGUGUACGUACAAUUUUCUGCUAAGCAGAAGGAGGAUGUAGUAUAGGAUGCUGUGAGAAGAGAUUUGGUUUAAUCCUAUUUCUUUGUUACUUAUUUUUGUUAACAUCAGAUGCCUGUCUUUGUCUUAUAUGUGUAUGACACUGUUUGGAAAGCUGCAGUAUCUCUCUUCCUGAGGUCCAGAGGCCAUUAAAGAAUAAACAUGGGGCUUAGAGGUGUCUUGGCCACCAAACACAGGUAAGCCAACAGAGUUCGGCUCCCGUACGUGGUGUGGUGGGACCUGGGGCCUGGAGCCACUUGUACUCCUGGGGUGGGACUGAGGGAGGGAAAGGGCUCCCCCACUUCAGGCUGGUCACUGUAUGUUGACUUCCCUCUGGGAAGCAAAAUUCCACUUGUAAAAAUCAGCUUCCAAGACAAAAGAUGAUCUGAUGUCACUUCUGGAUCACCAGGAAGGGACACAGGAUCUCUCUGAACUUUGGAACAGACCCUCAUAUUCUGGGGCCAGAAGUUUGCCCAGAAAGCAGCAGGUGGCUCUGCCUGGCUGUAGAGCCCAGCUCAUUGGCUGUCCCUGGGCUUCGUCUCCCUCUUCCAAGUAGUUGCUGCCUUUCUUCAGAUCAGGUUACCACAAUGCCUCCCCGCUGCUGACACUUCAUCCCCCACACCUCCAGCCCCAGUUACCUGGAGCUUCUCAGAACCCACUUUGCCGGUGCUAAAACACAAGAGGGGGUGAAAGUGGCUGCCAGUAAUGGCCAGAAACCAACCACCAGAGGCCAGGCUGAAAGACAAGCUCCGGGUGUCCAGGGGCUGACGGGCCAACCAUGUGGCAGGUCCCAGGCCCCACCCACUGCUGCCAUCCGCCUCUGAGCUCCACAGUGGUCCCACUAAUGGGAACCUCCUCUAGGGAGAGUGAUACUGCACCUUCACCUGUAGGACUCAUAUUUAUAACAAUGUGUAAUGGCUGUAGCAAAAAGCCCUUGUUUCUAGAUGUAAAUGGUCAAAGAAACAAGCGCUGUAUUGUAUUGAAUAAAAUAGUUCAAAUGAGUCCUGUAUCAUUGUAUCUCCUAUUCUGGAUUAGUGCCUUUUGGACAGUAGACUGUUCUGUAAUUAAAAUGUAGUAUACUGCUUUUUUGUACAGUUUUGUUUUAAUAAAACUUUUUUUUAAUUUGUGUUUAUUUUAGUAUUGUACCUAUUAGAGAAUAAAAUGUAUAACUGAAUACA